AUGGGUCGGAAAGCUAAUACGCUUUUUAUCAACCCCAAGAGAUUUGGUUCACUUCAUAAACCUUGCAUGAAGGAAAUGGCAAUGUUUCUCAAUUGUAUGGCUGCAAACCAUAGCGACAUGGAAGCCUGUGCUCGCCAGAAGGAGCUACUAAAUGCCUGUAUGGACUCCCAGAGUAAAAAGAACAGAAAGUCUUGGGGGAGUAUCAAUUAUCAACUGCAGAGGCUUAGCCGAGGAAGGAAGUAA